AUGGACGAAGAAGAUAUGAUGAAUGCGUCAGGAAGCGAAGUUCCAGUCGGUGAGGACCCAGCCCAAGCUGGACCUUCGAAUGUUGGUGAUCUUGGGGAAAGACCAGAGGGUAUGAGUAAAAAUGCAAUGAAACGGGCUGCCAAGCAGGCCAAAAUGGACGCCUUGAAACCGCUGAAAAGAGCAGCAGAAAAAGCGAGGCGUAAAGAACGUCAAAGGGAACUAGCAAAAGGUAAUGCAGAAGGAACAUUGUCUGAAUCAGAUAAAGAACUAUUCGAAAGAAGGAAAAGAAUAGAAAAAGAACGUAAAGCGAAUAAAAGAAAAUUGGAUCUAGGUGAAGAAGAUGAAAAUGAUUGGAAAGGUGCAGUAGUCAUUGAUUUAGGUUUUGACGAUUUGAUGAAUGAACAGGAGAUCAAUUCGAUGACAUCUCAAAUUGGAUUUUGUUACGCAUCGAAUCGAACAUCACCUAAUCCCAUUCGAUCAGUUAUACAUACAUCUUUUUCACCCGAUACAUCACCUAGAUUAUGGAAUAAGAUGAUUGAUAGACAUUGGGAUAAAUGGGGUAGAUCGUAUUGGUUUUCUGAAGAUGUUGGAAAAUUAAAUGAAUUAUUAUUAUCAUCGGAUCUACCGUCGGAGGAGAAUGAUAUCGUUUCCUUGGAUUCAAUUCCAAUCUCAAAUACAAGUACAAAUACAAGUACAAAUACAAACACAAAUACCGGAGUGGAAGAAGAAAUGAACGGGAAUAAGCGAGUUUCAAUCCCAUCUAGAUCUAAAAGUGAAGAGGAGAAAAAUGCACAGAACAUAUUAGAAAACCAUCUAUUGAAACCAAAUGCAUUACCUCCGCGAAUCAAGGGAGGCAAACAGCAUACGUUGAUUUAUCUAAGUGCAGAUGCAGAAGAUGAGAUAACAGAAUUGAGAGAAGAUGAAAUAUACGUUAUUGGUGGUAUAGUAGAUAGGAAUAGAUACAAGAAUCUAUGUCAAAAUAAAGCUGAAAGAUUAUCGAUCAAAACUGCAAGGUUACCAAUAGGUAAAUUUAUCGAUAAUCUGCCUACUAGAAAAGUGUUGACUGUGAAUCAAGUUUUCGAUAUUUUAGUACAAUAUAUCUUAUUAAAAGAUUGGAAAAAAGCUUUCGAAACUGUCAUCCCAUCGAGAAAAUAUCAUGAAUCGAAAAAAGCUAAACAUGCCCAUAAUUCAAUAUUGAAAUCAGACGUCCAUGCCGAAUCACCUGCUGGUAAUUUGCGCGAAGAAGGGGACAUAGUAGAGGACGAGAUCAUAGAAUUCUCUCACAACAGAAAGGGAGAUGAUAUUAUGGAAGGCAGUGAAGAAGCUAUGAUGAACCAGUAG